CGGCCACUGCAAGCAGGCGGCGGUUCUGGGAGGGUGGGUUUCUGUACCGAGGGAGGAUGGCGAGGCUCCUCCGGCUCGCGGAGCCGCGAGGGACCACUGAGGUGGGAGGGUCUCCCGCUCCGAGAGAAAAGUCUCUGAAGUGGAAGAGCUCAGAGCUGGGAGAUGGGACUCGAGUGGGGUGACUUCAGAAGUUGGGGGGGUGGGUUCCGAAGUGUGUGAGGGAAGGGGGCCCUCUGGUCUGGAGAAGGCGCUUUCCCUCCACUCCGGCAGUUGUGACAUUUGGGAGUUUGGAGGAAGGUGGUGUCUGAAGCCCUAGACUGCGGAGGAAGAGCUCCCUCCCUGGAAGAUCGGUGCCAAUCCAGACCCACAUUCGCAGGCUGCAGUCCAAGGUCACUGCAUCCGGAGGGGCCCGGAAAGGGAAGGAGGCCUUGCCUCCAUUGUAGCAGCCGCGUCCACGAUGCAGAGCAUCAAGUGUGUGGUGGUGGGCGAUGGGGCUGUGGGCAAGACGUGCCUGCUCAUCUGCUACACAACUAACGCCUUCCCCAAGGAGUACAUCCCCACGGUGUUCGACAACUACAGCGCCCAGAGCGCGGUGGACGGGCGCACAGUGAACCUGAACCUGUGGGACACAGCGGGCCAGGAGGAGUACGACCGGCUGCGCACGCUCUCCUACCCUCAGACCAACGUCUUUGUCAUCUGUUUCUCCAUUGCCAGUCCGCCCUCCUAUGAGAACGUGCGGCACAAGUGGCACCCAGAGGUGUGCCACCACUGCCCUGAUGUGCCCAUCCUGCUGGUGGGCACCAAGAAGGACCUGAGAGCGCAGCCUGACACCCUCCGGCGCCUUAAGGAGCAGGGCCAGGCACCCAUCACACCGCAGCAGGGCCAGGCCCUGGCCAAGCAGAUCCAUGCUGUGCGCUACCUCGAGUGCUCGGCCUUACAGCAGGACGGCGUGAAGGAAGUGUUUGCUGAGGCCGUCCGGGCAGUGCUCAACCCCACACCCAUCAAGCGUGGGCGGUCCUGUGUCCUCUUGUGACCCUGGCACUCGGCUUGGAGGCUGCCCCUGCCCCCCCACCAGUUGUGCCUUGGCGCCUUGUCUGCCCCCAGCUGUGCCUUAAGGACUAAUUCUGGCACCCCUUGCCAGGGGGGGGUCCCUGAAUGCCCUUUUCUCUGAAUGCCUGUUUCUCCUAAAUGAGACCCAUAGGGAAGGGGGCUCUGGGCCCUGCCCCACUCUGCUUGGGAACACCAGGUAUUUCUGAGAGCUCACCCAGGCCAAGGCCGGACCCCUCUCCAAGAAGCCAACCCGAGUGCCCCUCCCCCAUCUCCUCUACUGACCAGUUGAUCCAGCUUUCCACACAGAUGUUGCUGCCUAUUGUGGUGCCUUCUCUCAGGUUAGGAGCCCUCAGCUGUCCCUAACCUCUCCCUCGCUGCUCUUUGAAUUGCUCCCCCCUCAAAAUGCUCUCUCCCUUCCCCAAAGAAGGGGCCACAGAAUCCUGAGAAGAUGAAUGUGCCCUGACCUACCCCCCUGUGCCCAGGCCUUAUGCAUCUGCUGACUGACUCAGCCCCCACUUCCCCAGGCUCCUGGGGGGCCUUUCCUACCCCCAUCAGCAUCAAUAAAACCUCCUGUCUCCAGUG